AUUAAUUAUGUUUGUCCGUCAAUAAGUGAGGAUAAAAGGAUGCAGGUGCAAGAGUUCGUGUCUCGUUUUGGAUCAGAUUUGAGGCAUUUGGAGGAGCUGGGCUCCAGCUGGGGAGACUUGGCAGACAUUUGGUCGGAUUCGACUUCACACAGCCUCCUUCAAAACUUUUCCAGGUCUAUCUGGUAAAUCAGGAGCACUGCAGCGUGCAUGACAGCAAGAGAUCCGUUGUUUUGCUGAACGCCCGAGCCGAGGAAAUAGUUGGACGGUGGGCCUGGUGGUCUGCAAGCAACCAGUCACGCAGCGCUGACACAGGAUCCACGGCUCCUCUAGCUUCCCGGUGACCUCGGCACCAUGAGUUGGAGCUUCCUCACUCGUCUGCUGGAUGAGAUCUCCAACCACUCCACCUUUGUGGGGAAGAUCUGGCUGACUAUGCUCAUCGUCUUCCGCAUCGUGCUGACUGCCGUCGGCGGGGAAUCCAUCUACUACGACGAGCAGAGUAAAUUUGUCUGCAACACGCAGCAGCCCGGCUGCGAGAACGUGUGCUACGACGCGUUUGCGCCGCUCUCGCAUGUUCGAUUCUGGAUCUUUCAGGUGAUUCUGAUCACCACCCCCACCAUUAUGUACCUGGGCUUUGCCAUGCACAAGAUCGCCCGCACGGAGGACAGCGAGUACUGCCCCCCCCGGACCCAGAAGAAGAGGAUACCCAUCGUGAGCCGGGGGGCAGUUCGGGACUACGAGGAGGCCGAAAACAACGGCGAGGAGGACCCCAUGAUCGCUGAAGAGGUCGAACUAGAGAAACUCAACAAGGCAGAAAAAAGCUCUGGGAAGAAGCACGACGGCCGUCGGCGGAUCAUGCGCGACGGCCUGAUGAAAGUCUAUGUGUGCCAGCUGCUUUGGCGCACCUCCUUCGAGGUGGCCUUCCUCUUUGGCCAGUAUGUCCUCUACGGCUUUGAGGUGAUGGCCUCCUACGUCUGCACUCGCUCGCCGUGCCCGCACACUGUGGACUGCUUUGUGUCGCGCCCCACCGAGAAGACCAUCUUCCUGCUGGUGAUGUACGUUGUGUCUUUCCUCUGCCUGCUCCUCACAGUCUUUGAAAUCAUCCACUUGGGGGUCGGAGGCAUCCAGGACACCUUCCGCAGGCGGGCCACGCUCUGCUCUCGCACCCCCCCUCCGUCGUCCUCUCGCCCCGGGCACGCUGCUCCGCCGGGAUACCACGCCACCAUGAAGAAGGAGAAACUGAAGGGAGAGCCGAGGAACUCCCCAAUGGGGGACUCUGGGCGGGAGAGUUUCAGGGACGAGUUGCCCUCAUCCAGGGAGCUGGAGCGGUUGAGGGGUCACCUGAAGCUGGCGCAGCAGCACCUGGACCUGGCCUACCAGGCCGAUGAGGGAAGCCCUUCCCGGAGCAGCAGCCCGGAGGGCAACGCGGCUGCGCAGAUGGCCGCCGAGCAGAACCGCCUCAACUUCGCCCAGGAAAAGCAGGGGGAAGCGAGCGAGAAAGGAGCACAAGCCUGAGCGUGCCUCCUGCCCCAACAGUCUGUUCUUCCAUUCCUACCGGCCUUACACAUGCGGGGGGGGGGCGCAUAGGAGUGCAGUCAGACCACUGGGGGGGAGGGAUGUGUUUGUGUGUGUUUUUAGCGAUGCACUUUUCAGUAUUGGAGGUGAGUCAGAAAAUCGCUGAGCCGCGUCCAAACCUUGUGCCUUCUGCCAACGCACAUUUGUGUGCACCUUGUUGUCCCGCCCCCUCUGUUGUUGUGGCCAUUCAGUGAUCAUCAAUUUCAGACUGUGUCAGGAUUAUCGAAACCUGUUUUUAAAACUCUUCUCUGUCUAAAAGGCCUCUUUGGCUUGUCGGCCUCAGAAUCUGCUAAUGUCUUUUCUGGGCCGCGUGCAGCAGCAUUCUGUCAGGUCAUUGUUUAUUAUCCACACCAUUUCAGAAAUAUUUGACCAUUUGGAAGCCUGUGUAUUUGCUCAACUCGGCCAAAAUGUUUACCUGGGAAAUGCUUGAAUUUAUCGACCGGAAAUGUUCCAUAGAAUUUCCAAGAAUCUUUUUUUUUUUUUUGUUUGUUUUUUUUGUACUCCAUUCAUUUAAAGCACUAGUUGCAUUUUACCAGUAGCUGUUUGACUGUUUCUUCUCCCAAAGCUCCAGAAUAUUUACUCUUUUGUUUAGAUGGAAGUGUUGAAACUACUAAUGCAACAGUUGGUACAUCUCAUCUCUAAAUAAUGUACAAUUUAAAAAUGUAUCGCGAUGUUCACCUUUGUGGAAAUUGAAAGAAUAAUUCCACAUUUUUUGGGGGGUGUUUUUUCUUUGCUAACCGGCUGGAAACAUCUGCCUUCUGGCAACAUUCAAAUUCCUUCCUUGUUUUCUGACAUUUACAUUCUUCUUUGGUGAGAUGUUUUCUUCCCAAACGUGACGUUCACCACUCGGAAACAUCGAUGCUUUCAUGUAGCCUGGAAUAAAAACUCCACCCAGCUGAAAAAAGGAUGACUGUUGGCUGCUGAAGCUGAGCCAUGUAAACAUGUAUAAUCUUUAAUUCAUGGCGAGGCUUUUGAUCAAUAGCUUUGUUCAUACGGAGGUUGCACGCUUUCCUCAUCUGGUUGAUGGGCUUAGGCUGACAUUAUAAACCUACAUUGCUAAAGAGCAGUUUGAUGCUGUAUUUUUGUAAUCUCACUUCAAGUUUUGCUACAACAUUCCAUUUUGAAGAUUAUAUUUUGUUGGUUAAUACAUUUGUUUUUCUAUUGUAUGUUUUUGGAACAGUAGACAUUUUUUUUUUUCUUCAGAGUAAAUAAAUAUAUUAAAGUAACACU